CAGGGGGGUAGAGGAGGAUGGGGACAAGAGGCAUGGUGACAGCGUGGCUCUGCAUUGUUCUUCUCCAGGCUGGAGAUGCAUGGCCAAGGGGGAAAGAUGGGGAUCACACAGAGCCUGGAAUAUCCCCCCACCUCCAGGUGUUGAAUCGACGUCUGGACCCCCCAGCAGGAGCAGCAUUUGGAGGCCACCUGAGGCCACAGCAAUCUGGCCCUCAUUCCUACCCGGGGUUCAUAGUUACGGUCUUCAAAGAAAGCAAGAACACCCCAAAACCCAAAGCCCCUACACAUACAGUGACAAAGUUCCUGAGAGGCACCACCAGAGCUACCAAGGACAAGCUGCUGACAACCCCAAAGGCCACCACGCGUCCUCCUCAGCCUUGGGACCCCAUGAGAACAAGAGAAAAAGAAAGAGCCUGGGGGAAGAACACCUGUACUGGGCUCCUGCCCUUUUUGUGGCCAUUGCUCUGCUCGUGCUCCUCAUCAACUACCGCUGGAGCAAGGGGGAAGAGACCGAGGAUGAAGCCACCUCUGCCAGUCACACUUCAGAUUUGGGAGCCCCGGGCCACAUCCCAGCCCAAGCUCCCACCCUGAGGAUCAUUGCUCCUGAGCCUCGUUCCUCCCCAGAUGAUGCUGACUCCUGUUCCUCUGAUGAUCUGGAGUGCUACCACACACCCCCAGGAAGCAGGAGGCCAUCCUGGUGGUGGAACAGUUCUGGGGCCAAGCUAGGAUGACAGCCACCAGCACCACCUACCACCUCCAACCUUCCUAGAGAUGCUCCAGAGUAGCACCAGAUCCUGGUGGGAACGUGGAGCUCGGGGGGAGGACGAGGGGGACACAAAGAUCUGGGCAGGGGAUGAAGAUCUGGGUGGGGGACAAGGACCCCAGGGGGUGACAUGUCCCAUCGAGGUGCUGGGAGCUCAAGGUGCCUGAGCUGAGCCAAUAAAUUAGGAUUUCACCCUAGAAUCCCUGGACUUUCAGUGCAGGGAGAAGGGGGAAGGGGGGGUUCCUUCCCAUUGGGUCCUGAGGUCCAGAAGUGUUCCUGAAUGUUAACCAA